AUGUUCGAGCCGAUGUACGACGUAGUUCACGUCGAUGAGAAGUGGUUCUAUGAGGAUGUUAAUAAUCGCUCGUGCUUAGUAUUUGAAGACGAAACCCCGCUCCAGCGUAGCCAACGGAGUAAGAACCACACCCCAAAGACCAUGUUCCUCGCUGUAGUGGCACGUCCACGAUGGGACCCACAUCGUAAAAAGGAAUGGAACGUCCAAGCGACCCAGAAGUUUUAG